AUGGAAACAGAUCUCUUCUGGACUUUUACCGACAGCGCAUGGAACACCAUUUUCAAACUCAUCUUUUUGGCAUCUUCUGCAUAUACCCUGUACGUUAUGUUGAACGACUACAAGCCUACGCAUGACCCCAAUCUCGACACCUUCCGUGUUUCAUACCUUUUGGGUGGCGCGGCGGUCCUUGCUAUCAUCUUCCCCUACAAGUGGUCCAUCUCUGAGGUCCUCUGGGCGUUCUCCCUGUGGCUCGAAAGUGUCGCCAUAUUGCCACAACUAUUCAUGCUGCAGAGAACCGGCGAGGCAGAAACAAUUACCACCCACUAUCUGUUUGCCCUGGGCCUCUAUCGAGCACUUUACAUUCCGAAUUGGAUUUAUAGAUACUUUGCCGAGGGAGGCCACUUCGAUCCUAUCCCCGUGCUCGCCGGUAUUGUCCAGACAAUCCUGUACUCUGACUUCUUCUGGGUCUACUACACAAAGUAUGCGACGAUGGAAUGGCGUUGUAUUGAAAGGCGCUGA